AAGGUUUUAGAAGUGUGUGGAUAUAUAAUUUGGAUAAAAUCACCUUUUUGAUCAUUUCAUUCUGCAUCAAGAAGACACUACAGGAAAAUGAGAAGCUGAUGCUAGAAGUAGCGUGAGGAACAGAUCGCUUCUUAUUUUCAGGGAAGACACACAGCAGAGAAGACUGGUAAAGCUACACAGACGGCUCAGGCCGGCAGCGGUCCGAGAUGAUUCUGCUCACCUUUAUUCUGGGACUUCUGUCCUGCCAGGCACAAGAGUGGUCACAGCCCAUGAUAAAGGUAAACACAGAAGACCUCCAUGGAUCUGAUGUGAUUGUACCCUCGAAUUCCCGUCUUGUUCUGAGAUGUGAGGGUGACGCUCCAGUGACGUGGAUUCCUCGGCUAUCCAAACACAAGCGCAACAUCCAGUGUAGUGAGAACAGCUGCACCCUCAGUGUUGAUAAAGCCACCUACUCGUUCACAGGCACCUACAGGUGUGUGUAUCAGAACACCAGUGUCUCCAGCUUCUCCUCUGUGCACAUCUUUGUAAGAGAUCCGAAUGUUCUUUUUGUGACCCCGUCCUCCACACGAAGUAUAGUCAUGAAGGAAGGAGAAGAUGUCCUCCUGCCUUGUCUCCUUACUGAUCCUGCUGCCACCAACAUCCAGCUGCGGAUGGACAACGGAACCGCGCCCCCUCCCGGCAUGAACAUUACCUUUGAUCCUAAGAAAGGCAUGCUGAUCCGGAAUGCCCAUCCCGGAUACAACGCUGACUAUGUCUGCCGUGGGAGGAUACGAGGAGUGACGAAACAGUCUGCAAUCUUCAGCAUCAACAUUGUGCAGAGGGCUCGUUUUCCACCAUACGUGUUCCUAAAGAGUACUGAGUAUGUGCGAAUUGUUGGUGAGAAACUAGAAAUCAGCUGUUCUACACAUAACCCAAACUUUAACUACAACGUCACCUGGAAGCACUCAUCUAGAGCGUUACCACCACCGGAGGAGAAGUCUAAAGCAAAGGGUGAUGGGCUGGCCAUUGAGAGUAUUCUGACCAUUCCUGCAGUGAGCCUGUCUGACUCGGGUAACAUCACCUGUACAGGGGUUAAUGAUGCUGGGGUUAACAGCUCUACCACACGGCUGCUGGUUGUCGAUAAACCCUACCUUAGGCUCACCCUGAAACUGCCACCCAGUCCGGAUCAUCAAGGCCUGUCAAUUAUUGUCUAUGAAGGAGAGGAUGUACAGAUUAGGGUCCUCAUAGAAGCAUAUCCACCGCUUACUGGUCACAGGUGGGACACACCAAAAUUUCCCAAUGCCUCAGAAGCAAAAAAUGACCUCUUCAGCUAUAAUAACAGGUAUGAGGCAGUGCUGCUUCUGAGCAGACUAAACUCCAGAGAACAGGGAAGAUACACUUUCUACGCCAACAGCAGCAAAGCUAACGCCUCUGUAACAUUCAGCGUGCAAAUGUUCCAGCAGCCGGUUGUGCAGCUGAGACAGACGAAUUCCAGCUCUGUUACCUGUACAUCGUUUGGCUACCCAGCUCCUCAGAUCACCUGGUACCAGUGCCAGGGCAACAGGCCAACGUGUACUGACAACUCCACACUGAGUCCAGCAAAGCCAAUCCCAGCAGAGACUGUGGAGGUUGAGAGGGAGGAGUUUGGGGUAGUAGAAGUGGAAAGUGUUCUGAGCAUUACACCGUCCGAUCAGAAGAUGACUGUAGAGUGCAUUGCAGUGAACCGGGCUGGCAAAGACAGCGAUACCUUAUUUGUGGAAAACUUUGAAAAACUGUUCACUUCUUCACUGGUUGGAGCCACUUGUGUGAUGGCCUUUCUCCUCCUGCUCCUCAUCAUCCUGCUGUACAAGUACAAACAGAAGCCCCGUUAUGAGAUUCGGUGGAAGAUCAUUGAAGCCACAGAUGGAAAUAACUACACAUUCAUUGACCCCACUCAGCUUCCCUAUAAUGAAAAAUUGGAAUUUCCUAGAGACAAGCUGAAGCUCGGGAAGAUUCUGGGUGCGGGAGCUUUUGGAAAAGUAGUGGAGGCUACAGCGUACGGUCUGGGGAAGGGGGAAAAUGUGACCCGGGUGGCUGUGAAAAUGCUGAAAGCCAGUGCCCAUUCAGACGAGAAGGAAGCUCUGAUGUCAGAGCUGAAGAUUCUGAGUCACAUCGGACACCACAAGAACAUUGUUAACCUGCUGGGAGCCUGCACUUAUGGUGGUCCUGUGCUAGUCAUCACCGAGUACUGUUGUCACGGUGACCUUCUGAACUUCCUGCGGACCAAAGCCGAGACCUUCUUGAACUACGUGAUGACGGUGCCGGGAAUCACGGAGGAGAGGAGUGUCUAUAAAAACAUCACUGCUGACAGGAUGUUUAUUAGGAGUGACAGCGGGAUUUCCAGCACUUGCUCUGACACUUACUUGGACAUGAGACCUGUUGGCCCAAGAUCAAAAUCAACACGCGAUUCCUCCUGUGAAGGUCAAGAAGAAGACUCAUGGCCUUUAGACAUGGAUGACCUGCUGAGAUUCUCCUAUCAGGUGGCUCAGGGACUUGACUUCCUUGCAGCUAAAAGUUGCAUUCACAGAGAUGUAGCAGCCAGGAAUGUUCUCUUGACGGACGGACGCAUAGCUAAAAUCUGUGACUUUGGCCUAGCUCGUGACAUCAUGAAUGAUUCCAACUAUGUGGUCAAAGGAAAUGCUCGUUUGCCAGUGAAGUGGAUGGCUCCGGAGAGCAUCUUUGAAUGUGUGUACACAGUACAGAGUGACGUCUGGUCUUACGGGAUUCUGCUUUGGGAAAUCUUCUCUCUGGGAAAAAGCCCCUAUCCAAAUAUGCUGGUGGAUUCAAAGUUCUAUCAGAAGAUAAAGUCUGGAUAUCAGAUGUCUCGCCCGGACUUCGCCCCACCAGAAAUGUACACCAUCAUGCAAAUGUGCUGGAACCUUGAGCCGACCGAGAGGCCAACCUUUGGCAAGAUUGCUCAGCUUAUUGAGAGGUUGCUCGGAGACACACCUGAAGAGUACCAGAACGUCCAGUCUGGAGUGCUGGAUGAGCAGCAGCUGGAGGCGUGUGACCCCGAAAAGACCAAUGAAGAGUCAUGUGAGCAGGAGGAGGAGGAGCAGUCCUUAAUGAAGCCCAAUAACUAUCAGUUCUGUUGAAGCCAACUGGAGAUUAACCCUCUCACUUUUACCUGUACAUGAUGUGUAAUACUUCCACUCACAGGUAAUAAAUCCAAUCACUGGAGAUUUCCUGCAGCUAUGACUGAUUUAAAGCUAUGUGAAAGCUACGUGCUUCAGUGACAAAGUCGAGAUUUUCUACUGUUUGUUCGUCAACAAACGAGACAAAACCACAGACAAGUUUACAUGGCAUGAGUUCUCUUUCAUGCUAGCUUAGUAAAUCUGUUGAAAUUGUUGACUUAUAAUAAGGCCACUACUGUUCUGGUGGUCACGCCAUGGCAGGAUUUGGAAAUACGUUGAACUCUGUUUUCCACUUUUUCACCUUAAAUUUCCUCUGAAACAGUCUGAACCCUAUUAAAGAAAGCAUUUUUAGGUACAAAGACCACAUCCUUUCCAUGACGCACUAAUGAAAAUAGCAGUUCCCUGUUCGAACAUAUAGAAAACAGACAAUUCAGCAUUCUCAACUUCCUCUUCAUAAGCAUACUUGCAAGGUUCAUUUCUGCACCAGAUAACCACCAAGUAUACCAAGUAGUGUUAUUUACUUUUUUUCUUUAUGUAUGUUUGUUCUUUUACAUGUACAUUUUUUAAAAUCCCUUUAUUGUCCACAAUUAUUGAGGAUUCUUUCUUUUAAAUUGACCAAACAUGCUUUUGUUUAUACAAAAAUAAAUAAAUAUAAUAUACAUUAAUUUUACAUGCUGACAUUAUAUUAAAGCUCACUCAGUAUAGAGGGAAACUUGAAUUUUUUUUUCUCUACAAAUACUUUUUCAGCUAAAAUCCUGGUCAUUUACUGCAUGCAAUACAUUAUGAUUACUGUUCUUUUAUCUGAAGUUAAGCAAACGUUUUUUUUUUGGUUGUGUUUGUUGUUUAUUUACAUGUACACAGAGUAUUUGUUCAUUUGAUGUAGCAUCAAGCUAACACUGCCAUUUGUAGUAGAUGUGGGUUUCUUAAGAUUCAGUCUUAUGAAAGUUUGAUUGUAUUCGUGAUCUCAUAUAAAAUGGUUUACAGUUUACAGUUUAUGAUAUUGCUGUUGGUGUUAUUUUACUUUAUUGGUUCGUUUUAAUCAGUAUAAAUCAUUUCAUUGAUUUAUCAGCACAUAGCUGUUAAACCUGAAUCGUCAGUGCAUUGUGGACAUAAAAAAAUAGUCACAGCCCAGAACUGCAGUGUGUUGUGAAAUGUGAAAAUUUUAUAUAUAUAAAAAGAUACUUUAGUAAAUGCUUUGAUUAGAAUUAUAUUUCUUCCUUCAAAAAGGCACUCAAAAUGAAAAAUACAUGAAAAAUAACAGUUUUCUCCGGAAAGUGAGAAAAGGUUGAUAUAUUAUUAUUUUGGUAGCGCUCAUUUAUUGGGAAAUCUGUUGAAACUGUAUUUUUAAUAUCACAACAUAUCAUAGAAAAAAAUCUAUAUUAUUAGUUCAUAUUCAUAAAGUUUUAAAAGAUCAGAAAUCAAUAUUUGGUGGAAUAACCCUGUUUUUUAAUCACAGUUUUUAUUCAUCUUGGCAUGUUCUCCGCCACCAGUCUCACACACUGCUUUUGGACAAUUUACUCAUGCUGCAAAAAUUCAAGCAGUUCAGUUUGGUUUGAUGGCUUGUGAUUAUUCAUCUUUCUCUUGAUUAUAUUUGAUUGAUUAGAUUUUCAAUAUGGUAAAAAAAAAAAUUCCAGAGCUGUAUAUAUUAAAUGUAUAUUGAAUGUUGUUUCAGUUCUUUUUUUCAGUAUUGUAGAGCCAUACUAUGUAGCACCUGAACUUCUGAACUUUAAAGAUCUAAAGCUCUGGAAGGAUUCUGGGUCUGUUCAAUACUUUGUGGUGUGUAUUUUGUGCUGAGAUCUGUCAUAAGCUACCCCAUGAAGCCAUAGAAAAAAACAGAAAAAAACAAACUGUUCUGUAAUUAAAGCUUUAAUGUGUUUUAUCUAUUCAAUUUCAAGUCUUUUUUUUAUCUGUUUUAGUGCUGCAGAUUGUCAGAUCACCUGACAAUAUUUACACUCAUAUAUGUGUAGCAGUUGAAUCUUUUUAAAUGCAGAUACUUAAUGAUGCUUUUGCAGGCUAAAGUUGAAUUUAUGAUGUUCUGACACUGUUGUCAUAAUGUUUUGUAUGUUUUUAUGCUAAUGGAGGCGUGUAAUCAGUUAGUUUAGGCCAUGCAAUCAGGUAAUAAUUGACUAUAUAACAGCAAUAAAUCGAGCCUGAGAGAUUAUGAGAACAUAAAAAGAUGGAAAUGGCAAAUUCAUUUACAAUAAAGCUGUUUGUUUUUGCA